AUGAGCGAGAUCGCCCUGAUAGACGACUUCCUACCUACCUUCGCCUUUGCUGCCACUGUAGGAGAGGUUCUUCAGGUCGCUUGUGGGGCAUAUCACACCUUGGUGCUGACCACCACCGGACUCUACGGCUGGGGACUGCAUGAAGAUGGUCAACUCGGCCUGGGCCGUCCAUCCACUCCGAGUGCGCUAGCGGCUGCCGAGGGCAGCGCUCUCGGUGACGUAGGCGCCACGGCAGUGACGGUGCCGACCCACGUUGAUCAGCCUCUUCGAAUCCCCUUCGCUGAAUUGCUAGGCGGGGACGAGGCGGUGGAGGACGUGCCCGUCACGAUCAUUUCUGUCCACUGCGGGGCCGAUCACUCAUUUGUCUGCUCGACGGCCGGCGUUUACGUGACGGGUCGGAACGACUGCGGCCAGCUUGGCCUUGGGCACACCGACAAUGUGUACACAUGGACUCGACUCUGCGUGGCACUCCCCCCAAGGACUGCUGACGAGAAUGCAAACCACACUGCAGCAACGUCGCGUGCAGCUUCGCCGAUGAUGUCUUCUCUACCGAGCGCGUGGGACGCUGAUCGAGGCGGUCGACACGCGUGGCUGCUUUACGGCCGCCUCACGCACAUCAGCUGCGGCGCUCAUCACACCCUUCUCGCCUGGUGUGACGCAGUCAUCCUGCGCGCAGCAGCACCGCCGAGUCCCGAUUCCCAACAGCCGCCCGUCAAGUGCAGCCGCAGUCAUGAGCUUGUCUACUACCCGUCCCUACUAAUGGCAUGCGGUCGAGGCGACUUUGGCGAGCUCGGCUACGACGGCGACACCUGGGCGGUGCUGCAAGCCAAAGCUCAGAGGCAGGAGCGCGCGCUGCGCUCAGCCCUGCAGCAGAAACAGGCGCAUGACGGCAUCGACGACAGUCAGCACGGCGCGACUGACGGCACUUACAAGCUCAAGUGGAAGGCUGCGGCUGCCGUCAAGCAGCGGCGUCCCCCCUUCAACUCUACCUUCUUCGAGGUGGUGGAAGGUGUAGACGUGCUGGAGGAAAGUGCAGUGACGCUUCCCAUGACUUGUACGGAGGACAUGCCCUCAGCACUGCUUCACCGAGGUUGGACAAUCCAUGAACUGGCAGAAGACGUGAUCAGGAAAUGCCAUGAGCGCACUGCAACGGACUGCUUGCGCCUUCCCCCCACUACUUCCGCCCUCCAGACCAGCAGCGGUGGCCAAAGUCGAUGGGAAGUUGCAAAGCUGCAGGCGAUGCAGCACCACUCCGCCGUUACGCUGCGGCAACGCCACGAAGAGGGUGAGGAGCAGCAACUGGUCCUGCACUGGGGCUGCUACUACUGCUCUGACAUCGAGGAUGCAGCCGCCUCUCACCCACGAGACGUAUUCGCCGAUGUACGAGAUGCAGUCAACCGUGAUUAUGCUGGUGUGGCUACCGCAGGGCUCCGUUGCUGGUAUGGGGGAAUACAUGCCGGAGAGGAAAGCCUGUUGCGCUACAGUUCAUCUUGCAGACCCUCCGUACCCGAAAUGCCACCAGCGCUAGCUCGUGAAGAGAACGUGGCAUCGUCGCCCUGUGGUAUCCCCCCCUCACAGGUGCCACUGCUACAGAUCAUGGGCAGCGGCAACCUUGGGCUCGGCACUGACGACAGCUUCACGUGCGACUGGACAAGUCUGGCGUGGUCAGACGGUCCCAUGACCGCCGGAGGUCAGGCGACGGUGCAUUCGGUGGUGGGCCGCUCGCACUACCUCAUCUGGACGCACGGCCAGGGAGUGAGCAGCCCUGUGGGUGACCCUUCAGCGGCAGCUGCGCCUUUGCGCGAGAGGUUGCCGGCUGCCUCGUCAUCGUGUGUCUUUGGCUUUGGGGACAACUUGCACGGACAGCUCGGUGCACCUGCGCUGCAGGCCAGCAAUACAUCGGGAGAUGACGUCGUGGUGGCACCACGGCCUGUUCUGCGAGACGGGAAUGUACUGCGCGUCGCAGCCGCUGUGAAACAGUCGCUGCGAGACACUGCGGUUCCGCCUGCGCGCCAUCACCGCUCCGCUGCGGCAAAGACGUCGGAGCCUUUCACGGCUGCAGUGGGGGUGCAUUACGAAGUGGUGGCGAUUCGUGCUGUUGAGGCUGGAGCCCGCCACUCCGUCUUCCUCGUGGAUGUGCGUCCUGUCACCUCGGCAGCAGCAUCAGUAUCAGCAACGCCAGCGACCACGAGGGACUAG